CCUCAGACGGCUGUCAGGCGCUUCGCCACGCCACUCAGCGCUCGCCAACCGCUCUCGCGAGUCGCACUAUCGCUGGGUUCAACGGAUGCGAGUGUCGCAGCGGAAAUGGAGCCGGGAACGCUGGCGAGGGUGCUGCACGACUUCCUCACCACCGUCGACGGAGAACUGAGUCUUCCCAAGGGACAUUAUUUCCUGAUACACGAGAUCGUGGACAAGCACUGGUGCCAUGGCCAGUCUCAAGAUAGAGUCGGCAAGUUUCCCUUAAGUCACCUGCACAAGGUGGAAGUCCCUCAGGUUGGCGAAACGGAAAGAUUGUUCGUUUCCAUAGCCAACUUUCCCGGACAAGAAACUGGAGAUUUGUCUUUCGCGGAAGGGGAACUCAUAAUUGGAAUGAGAGACAUAGGUUCGGGAUGGUGCAUGGGCAGGACGAGCUUCAAAAAUGGAAUUUUUCCACUGACGCAUGCAUGGGAAUUGGACACAACGUUGAUGAGGAGAACAAUAAAGAAUAAAUCAAUAAGAAAAAGAGCUAAGGUAAAAACGACGCUGAAGGCGCAACUCAACGAGGAAUUAGAUCUAAUUGCAGGAGAGACGGUCAUUGUUACAGAAAUUUUAGACGAUGGCUGGUGUCGUGGAGUCGCGGAAGACGGCAGGGAAGGCAUAUUCCCUGAGGGAUUUAUAUCCUACGUGGAAGCAGAUCAGGAUACAGUCGAUCAAGGAGAAGUGUCGUAUAUAACUGGGAACAAUGUUGCAUCCGUCUCGGCAGUUCAUAAUGGCACAAUUUACAAAGAUUUUGGUGAAACUUCUUUACAUUCUUAUGCAAACUUGUCCGAUGAACCUGCUCCAAGUUACUUUGACUUGUUCCCGGAGGUAUUGUCAACGACCAAUAAUACAGACAACACGCAGUACAACAGUCACGCGAAUUCCGUCGAUAUUAAGCCGUACGCUAUAACAUUAUAUCCAUUUAAUGCGCAAUUUCCGAACGAGCUGAGCUUCGGAGCGGGCGAGGUAGUGCAUCUCACCAGACACAUUGAUUCCGAAUGGAUAGAGGGUAUGAUCGACACCAGUAAAGGCAUCUUUCCGUCGUCUUACGUCAAUAUUAUAGUCGAUUGUGCAGAAGUGAGGCAACAUCAAGUUCAGUCUGAAGUAAUUCCCGCGAAGAAAGACGCCUUGGAUCCGGGUGCUACUGUAAAAGUGCUGUACACCUUUGACGCGCAGAUGGACGGCGAUUUGAACGUGCACGAGGGCGAGAGCGUCACCGUGCUGGAAAUGGCCAAUGAGGAUUGGGUGAAGGUGAAAAAUAAGAGUGGCCUAGUCGGCUUGUGCCCGCGGGAAUAUUUGAGCUCGGUGUCCGAAUAUUCGCUGGACAGUCUGCCGGAGUCAAAUUUCGAAGACUUUGAAGAUUUUGUGAUGAUCAGGCAUAAGGAAGCGAACGAGGUUGUCGCAAACGAGGAACAAACCCCGAAGAGACUUUCGCAGCCGCACAGGCCAGCACCGCCAGCUCCGGCUCCAGGCAGAGUGCCAUUACAGAAGGAGAAUAUUGCAAAUGGUGAAGCCGCCCAGAAGAAAGGAACGUGGGAAAACGAAUCUGCGAGCAGUAAUACUGGAGAUAUGAAGCAAAAGCAUGCAGAUCAGCGUCAGAAUGUAAUAUCGGAAUUAGUUCUAACGGAAAAAGAAUAUGUUCGUGAUCUGAAGUUAACAUACGAAACAUUUAACCUGCACAAUCCGAGUUUUCUCGAGACGAAGGGGAUUGAUGUCGCUACGUUGUUCGGGAACAUUUUGGAAGUUAUUCAUGUUGCCGAGGAGCUAUUGGAUAUGAUUCUGAGAGCUAUGAAAGGUUGCGACGAAAGUUUGCAGACAAUUGGACCUUGUUUCGUGAAAAUGGCCGAAAAAUUGAAAAGUGUUUAUGUUAAAUAUUGUGGAAAUCAUGAAGCUGCUUUAGCUUUAUUAAAAAAGUAUGAAAAUAAUGAGGAGAUCGUGAAAGUAUUUAACAAGGGUAUUGAGACAUUACGUCGUCAGAUUGCUUGCUUUGAUAUGAGCUCCAUUCUGAUCAAGCCGGUUCAAAGAAUUUUGAAGUAUCCGCUAAUGUUAUAUGAAUUAAUAAAGUGCACAGAAGACAAUCAUCCGGAUAAACUGAGUCGACAAGGCACGUGGGAGGCUAUGACAAAUGUGGCCAGUUAUAUCAACGAGUACAAGCGGAGAAGAGAUAUCGUAUCGAAAUAUUUAGAUAAUGAUAAUACUUUAUUUAGCAAAAUGUCGAAAUUAAGUAUGCAUUCCGUGGCAAAAAUGUCGACGAGGCUGAGCACAAGAUUGUCGGCGAGUCUGGGACUGACAAAUGUUGCAAGCGAUACCGAGUUUGAGGAACUGGAGAAGCAAUUUCGAUCUACAGAGAAAUGUACGUGGCAAUUGGUCAAAGAUAUUGAGCAGUGUAUCACGUAUCUGAGUGAUGAAGCUAUGUCGGGUGAAGCGAUAGCCGAUUUGCUGGUGCAUUAUUAUCAGGGAAGUCCGACUGCCGAAGUGAAAAAGCUGCAGGAUAUAAGAUCUAUAAUUUGGUCGCAAUACAUGCAGGACUUUAAGUCGUGUAUCGAGAAAAGGGUCAGCGCCCCGUUGCAUUUUCUAGCGACGCUGUUAGAAGGGCCGGCCGUAUUGGUGGCGAAGAGGCAUGAUAAAUUGCUGGACUACGACGCUGCUAUUUCGAAGAGUGAGAAAUAUAAGGAAUCAAAAAUUGUGCAAGAAGAAUUAUUCACUGCCAAGUGUAAUUACGAAGCUCUGAAUCAACAAUUGUUGGAGGAAUUGCCUAUAUUGCUGGAUGCGGCAGCAAACAUUUUGGUUAAUUGCAUAAAUGUUUUUGCUGGCGCCCGAAAAUUACUAAGCGGCAAAAUUACCAAGCAAUAUUUAACGCUUUGCGAGACAUCACCGCAUCUAUCGUCACAAGAUGUGCUGGAAUCAUUUCUCGUGACUCAUCAUUUAAUAUGGAAUCAAAUAACACGUUUCGCGUUUGCUGGCACGAAUACCCGAAUGGACGAGAGCCAAUCGCAAUCAUGUAAUAAACAGACCGAAGACCAGAGAUCCUCGCUCAGAGAGAAAUAUACUCCGGACAAAUUAUAUGUGGUGGUCGAGGACGUUGUCAGUACAUCUACACUGGAAGUGGAUGCUGCUAGAGGUACGUUGAUCGGAGUCAUAAAGAAGCAGGAUCCGAUGGGUAAUCCGACGAGAUGGUUUGUCGACACUGGAGUCACUCAAGGAUUUUUGCCUUCUCAAAAACUGAGAUCGGUCCAGCGGCAGAGUCAGCAUCAUGACCAAAUCACAUCGGAUGUCGCUGCUGUCGGGAAAAAGAGUUCCAGCCCGCCGAAUUUAAUGUCGCUGGAUUCUCCAGAGAAAGAGAUCAAGAAGGUGGUGGCUUCGUCGCAUCUGCAGGAUUUACUUUCAUUAGAUCAAGAAACGAAAGUAAAUCACAAUUACAGCAACGUUCCCGAAAUACCAAAAGUUCAGGUGUAUCAGAAUGUACACAGCGAAUUUUACUACGCGAUGUACGAUUUUGCUGGAAACAUGCCGGGUACGUUGUCUAUUAUUAACGGCCAAGCCCUGAGACUCCUUAGACCUCACGAUGAGAAAGGAAACGAUGAAUGGUGGCUCGUGGAAAAUCGCAACGGUAAACAAGGUUACGUUCCGCAGAAUUAUUUAACCCCCAUUAAACCAAAGUCGUAACAAUGAAGCAAAAUUUAAGAUUAAGCACAAGUUUUACAUUUAUAGCCAUUACAAUUUUAUGCCAAAAUCGUGAUAAUUAACUCAAUUACCGAAUUAUAUUGAUCAUUGAUAGAAAUUAUUAACUAGUAGCGAUUUGUCAAUAUUUUAAUUUUCUUAUAAUUAUUUCUCAUAAAAAAUGCUUAUUUUUGAUAUCUUAUGUUAAUGAAGAAACAGUUUAUAGAUUUUUUAAAUCUUGUUUUAUGUUAACGAAAAAAUAUUUUAUAAAAUCUUUUUAUCUGGUCUGAUUAGCAUGGAAUCAUUAAUACUAAACCAUAUUAAUAUUGAAUUUAAAGAUCUUAAAAAGAUGAUCAAUCAAAAUAUUAUUAGAUAUUCACACCAAUCAAUACUCGAAAAUUUUCUCGAAUUAUUUUUAAAUUCCUUACUAGUACUUAGGUUUAUACAUAAUUUAUAAGUAUACAUUCUUUAAGAUUUUUACAUAUGUACUGAAUUAUUGUUGAAUUGUUAUAUGCAGAUAUAAAUGUAUUUAAUGUAAUAUAUGUAUAAAUAUGGCGAAUACGAUGCUUUAUCAGAAACAAGAUUUUUCUUGUGACGAUUGGAGCAUCAUUUUGAAUUGUACAAGCUUGAUAAUUGAUAUUAAUAAUUGAUAUUAUAGUACAGAAAAUUGCACGUUUUUGCAACACGUUCUUGCCUAACAAAAUUGUGUUUCAAUAGAUCAUUUUUGUAGCAAAUAAUACAUGCCAUAUAAAUGCCUACAAUAUGUAUACAUAUAUAUUUGUGAUAAUUGUUUUAUUUGUAUAUUGUAAUUUUACUUCAAUUACACGAUCUUUUACGUGCAAUUUUUAAUGUACAUAUAUUGUAUUUGUAUAUAAUGUUAAAUUUUUCGAAAAUUGUAUAUUAUUUCAAAUAUGAAUAUCUAGUAAAGAUAUUAAAAAUGUUAUGAAAAGAACACUGUCAUCAAGUCUUAAUUAUGACCGACUGUUAUUUUAGUUGUAGGUAGAAAUUUAUUAGACUAUUUUAUAAAUAAUCUAUUUAAAGUAAAUAAUACUUAUUAUUUUGGGAAUAAUAUACUAUUGUUGUGCCAUUCCAUUGUUCUAGAAUAAAUUAAAAGCGCAAACUAAUAAUUUUAAGAUUACUAAUAUGUGGCCUGAUUACGUGCAGGCCAAGCAUUGCAAUAUAUAUUUUAAGACAGUGCAGUUUUUUUUGGUUUCUUCUUAAUAAUAGUUUUUAUUAUUACUAUAUUUACAAUCCUUGACAGUUUGAAUGAACAUACAAGAAAUUUGAAAUAGUUCAUAGAUUAUCGAGUAUAUUGUUAUGGGGAAAGUAAAACACAAAUAUUAUUUUAAAAAAGAAAGUAAGACAUUGAUUAUAUUAUCACCGUAAUAUAAUAAUGCGUUUACUGUUACAAUCGACAGUAGAUACAAUAGUUACACGAUGCAUGAUGUGCUACAGCCCUAUAAGCUAUCGCUUAAAUUGUACGUACAUACAAUAAAAAAUAAUAUAAACGAAGGUCUAUCGGUAUACCGUUUAAAAUAAACAGAACAGUCUUUCUGAGGUACAGUAACUUGCGAUCGACACGAGUAUUAUGUCGCAAGUAAUGUCGCGAAUGAACUUACGUUAACUUACGCUAAGCAAAAGGUGAAUACUGAUCUAACGAUAAACGACGAUCAACGAGAUAUUCCGGACACGAAUGUACACGCUGAAUAAAGUGUAAUGCUCUUAUUGUGCCGGUCAAGCUGAUAAGAUUCGGAUCCGCGAUUUUGUCGCUCGUUAACAAUAAGAUUUCGCGAAACCGUCGGCAGAUAUGACGGCAAGGCCCGGGGUUAGUAUCGUGCAACCACUCGUCAUCUAAUAAUUAACGAUCGCUCGUUUCUUUUUUGACCUUGAAACCGCAAUUCACGUGCACCCCUCUCACAUACGAUUAUGCUUUAAAUACAAUCUCAAUAUAUAUUGGAUAGAAUCUUAACGAAAUAACGUACUCCUCUUACGCAAAUAUUCGCACGGUACCAUAUAAAGUCGCUUUAACGAUGUAGCGAGGUGAUCUGGAUCUCGGGAAGAAGGUUUAAUUAGGGAAUUAUCGUCAGGCGUGGCCAACGCUGAUGCAUUUAAGUUUAUAGCAUCAUUAUACGGCUGUCUCUGGAUCGAAAAACAUAUUAGGAAACUUAGGCAUAGUUAAAGGUGUCGAUAUAUCGAUUCACUAAAAUGUUCUUGCGGAUAUUCCUUUCACGCCAGAAUUCCUAAGAAAACUACAACUAGACAUGUGCUGCGAAGGAACUUGUCUUAAUUAUUUUUAAAUCAUACAAAAUGGAACCUGGGUGCAUUUACGUAAACGAUUAGAGAGAUUAUUUUCUAAAUUCGCCUCGCAAAGGAGCAACUAUGUGAAUCUUUGUGCAGGGCAUGCAUUCCUAUAGCUUUGCAGACACGCUAGCUUAUUCACUGAGUUCUGGGAUUACCUCGCUAUUGCGAAAACAUCUCACUUUAUGGUAGGACAGAUAUUUAUUACAGUUCGACAUUCCUUAUCUUAACCAGGGAACUUAUUCUAGGCGCUCGAAACAGGCGCGCAUCCAGUCGAUUAUUAUUCCUGAAUUGACAUUAAAUAUACACGUUUGAUCCUGCGCUGCAACAUCACUGCAGUAUAUGCAUUGAAGUGUGCUCGUAAAUAUCGGACUUGUUACUGGAUUUUGUAGCGGUACGUUUUGUACUGCGCCAGCGGUAUACCUUCAUCGGUGUCGAUUUAAUUAUCGAGGAACAUGUAACAAUUAUAGUUGACUCCACAUAUCUUGGAUAAUUAAAAGAGACAUCAAUUUGUCGCCACUAUUGUCGCGAGCAAAGUUUCUCGAUAAUUAAAACAAAUAACAGUAAACGCCGUAAAAACUACCGCUUGAAAUAAUUGUGUGCUCAACAAGGUCGCUCAUUAUGCAAUUAUCGUGAAUCACUGUUUUAAUCCUAAAACCUUCUAAUCAUAUCGAAUUUGUUGUAAUAAAUCUGUAUUCUUGUCAUGUUUAUAUACAUUCAACAUGGUUGUUUAACAAUAUUUUACACAUUUGAUAUAAUUAAACAAAGAUCGUUUAAAAUCGCAUUCCAAAUGUUUGAAUACAGACUUUUUUUCGAACGUUCUGCUCGAAUACUCAACAGUGAUAUCAAUAAAGUGCCUUGUAGGAAAAAAUCUUCAAUAUUUCAUCUAUUUUCAGCAAAAAUAUUAUAGCUUUAAUCCUUCUCGUACUUUCAGCAUUUCUACAGAUACCAGCAACUUGAAAUAGUCAUUAUUAGCUACGGUUAAAGUAUAUAGUUAAUACAAUUAUUUGAAGUCGUCUUUCCCUUUCUAAUCCUCUUAUCACUAUUUCUAGGCACCAACGACUUUAAGUACCCGUAUUAGCUACAAUA